UGGUCUCUUCUGAGUUCUGACCCCACCUCUCCGGUAGUCCCGUCGCGUCGCCAUUCUUCGCUUCGAUUCGGUAAGAUCGUUAGUGCGCGGAGGCCAUAGCCAAGCAAUUUCAAACGGAGCCCUAGAAAUUCCACCCCCCCUCCGCUCCUCCUCCUCCUCCUCCUCCUGCCAGCACUUCGCCGGGGCUUCGGUGGCGGCGGCGCGGCCGGCGAUCUGCGGAUGCGUUCCCCUCGGCUUCCGGGAUAGCGGAUUCGAUCGAAUUAUAUAAAAGGGUGUUCUUUCUCUAUGGAGACGGGGGACGUGCUUGAGCUCCCGGCAUCCUCCAACUCGGGUAGUGGGAAUGAGGAUGAUGGGCGCCUUAGUAAUGACCGCGAGCCGGGUGAAGUUGAUACCCUCCAAUUCGAUGCUGAGGAUAAAGAGGGACAGAAGGAGGAGGACCAGGGGCAGGGCGACUGUAAUGUUGGACAUGAAGAGGGAAUUUUUGUCAUAGACAUGGAACUUGACGAGGAAUUAGUCGGCAGUUCAUCUCUGGCCGGAGUGAAUGUUGAAUCGACCGAAACUGAUUCUGUACAAGUUGUGGAGAAAAAUGAUCGUUUGAGCUCUGGUCUGCAAGCUGAAAAUGGUUGUGCUGCUGUUGAAGAGAAAUAUGCUCAUAGCAGUCAUGUGGUGUGUAGCAAUUCAACGUCCGGUCACAAAAGAGCGCGAGUAACGUGUGACGAAGAGCAACCAUCUGUUCAUGUUGCGUAUAGUUCAUUGACAAGAGCAAGCAAACAAAAGCUUGAAGAACUGUUGCAGCAAUGGUCUGAGUGGCACACUAAGCAUGGUUCUUCCCAAGAUACAGGUGAAGCUUUAGAGUCUGGUGAAGAAACAUUCUUUCCUGCGCUGCGAGUUGGCAUGGAGAAGCAGUCAUCAGUAUCAUUUUGGAUUGACCAUCAAACAAGAAACGUGCUCAAUGAUGGGGUUAUCACUUUAGACAGUAACACCGUACCUCUUUAUGACCGUGGUUAUGCACUGGGCUUGACUUUGGCUGAUGGAUCAAAUAAUGUAGCUGGACGUCUGGAGAUAAUCGAGGAUGCUGCUCGCUGUUUCAACUGUGGUUCUUACAGCCAUUCCUUAAGGGAAUGUCCAAAGCCUCGAGAUAAUGUUGCUGUCAAUAAUGCUCGAAAGCAACACAAGUCCAAACGAGGUCAGAAUCCUGGUUCUCGUAAUUCUACCAGAUAUUAUGAGGACCCUUCUCCUGGGAAAUUCGAUGGACUGCAACCAGGCACUCUUGAUACUGAGACACGGCAGCUUUUGGGUCUUGGGGAGCUCGAUCCACCCCCUUGGCUCAACAGGAUGCGGGAACUUGGUUACCCUCCAGGAUACUUAGAUAUUGAUGAUGAAGAUGAUGUGUCUGGGAUUACCAUAUUUGCGGAUUCGGAGGUCUCAGAAAAGGGUGAAGAUGGGGAAAUUGUGGAAGCAGAGCGAGAACCAAAGAAGAAAAUGACAGUCAAUUUUCCUGGAAUAAAUGCACCUAUUCCGAAGAAUGCUGAUGAAAGACGUUGGGCGGCUGUACCCUUGAGGCCGGAAUCAUCUAGACACCAUCGAUCUUAUCAGAGAUCAAACCAUUCCACCGGGCUUGUUGAAAGGGCACAUUAUCAUGAGCAUAGAUGGUCUGGGUAUGUGAGAGAUGACUUCCCUCCUGGUUGUGAACCGGGAUACAAUACUUCCAUAUCUAGGUACCCCUCAGCAUCGGAUCGUUUCGAUUCUACUUUGUCUUCUCGCAGUCCAAGAAGUAGUGUUCAAUUGCCAGGGAGUCCUCCAACUGGAUGGUCCUCAUAUGAGAGAGGUGGAAGGAGCCCAUAUGGAGAUUUUGCCAGUCGAGGUCCCCAUAAUUCACCUGCCGAUUAUGGCUUGUCUAGAUAUGAAUAUUCACGGGACAAUAAUCGGGAUUAUUAUGACUUGGAUCAUCCACAUGAGGACAGGAAUCAUGGCCAUUGCCACCAUGGUCGGAGAUGAAUGGCGAUGACUUGGAUUUGGAUUUUGCUGGAGAGAAGAUACUCUGGUGACAGAUUAAUUUGUGACAUCGCCAUUGCUGACUGACAGAUAUGAUACCUAGUUUAAUAUGUUGUACUAAGAUGGUCCUAAUGCUGCGCAACCGCUUUUCGUUUCUUUCUUCUUCUUUUUUAUGAUUUUUUUUCCCAUUUCAUUUUUGUCAUAGGGGCUAGAGGACUCCAAACAAAUCAAAUCUCUUAAGGUACUUAGCUGAUUCUUCUAGCUUGCGGUUUGCUGCUGGAAACAUUUACAAGAAUGCAAUAGGAGGAACAUUUUAGUUGCAAUCUAA